AUGCAUCACUUGCUUCCAGACGAAACUAUCUUGCGCAUUCUGAGCCAUCUCGAUGCUCCACAUCUCGCUCGUCUCCAACUAGUCAGCUCGCAGCUCCGUACCCUAGCUAAAGACCGCCACCUCUGGAAACGUCUCUUCUACUUUCGCUUUGUGCAGCCCGCCGAGAGUUCCACAAGCUCGACCUUGCCCACACUUCGCGAGCUGAGGUCGCUUCUGUUGCAUCAGAACCUGCCCUCUAGGAAGCAUGUCGCUGCCGAUGGUAGCAGGCGCAUUCACCGCUUGCCUAGCCGCUUCUAUGCAACAUCCCAUUCCUCCCACUCGACUGCAGAGGCGAUAGAACAAGCAGUGCACCCUCUCGACUUCCUCUUCUCCAACCGUGCAGAUGUUGAGGAUAGAGUCAACGACCAUCUGCUCGACUGGGAGCAGCUUUACAGGGUCUCCACAAACUGGCACGCAGGCAACUUUGCUGUUUCCCAACUGCAGCCACCAGCCCGUGCACGAGAUUAUACCCCUCCAACCAGUUUGCACAAGCCACCAGCCACCGCAUCCCAGCAAACCAUUGCUCGAGUCUCGGAAAGCUUCAUUUUCACUGCCCCUCCCUCCAGCCAGAAUGGCGCAAGAACAUUGCCAUGCAUUUCUGUAUACCCUUCCGAGCCUUCUCCUGUCCAUCAUCCUCACAGUGACCAAGACACUCAGUACGUGCCCAAGGACUUACACAAACGAGCCCCACUCGCCUCUUUCUCCUCGCCGAGUUUGCAACGGCUCCUAUCUGAGCGCCCCUCCGACGCAGCCCUAGCAAACGCCCACGUCACAGAGAUCGCAGUUGAUGCUGUCAGUGUUACAGACCUAGCUGCCAGAACAAGCUCCAGCGAUCGCAAGCGCAAAACCCCUGCUGACUUGGCAGGAUCUCCUCAGCAAACGACAAGAGUCCUAGUGGCCUUCUCUACUGGACACAUCAGCUUGUUCGCUCUCCACCGCACAACCAAAGACGGCAAGGCAACUAUCGAGGCCACCGAAGAAAUCUCCUACCGACCAACAACAUACACAUCGGGACAGCAUGUCACUAUGGCGGCCCUCCAUUCGCCGGCUCUCGUGUUGUGCUCGUCCACCUUUGAUGUCAGCUUCUAUCAGCUCAGUAUCUCGUUGUCCGCAAAGACACAGCUGAACCUGGUUCAGCGUAUGACCAGUUACCGACCCUCCUGGCCAGCAGCACUGCGUCUCAAGAAGCUCCCUUUUCACGAUGUCAACAAACGACAUUGUCGCUCUUCUUCCUCCAUGUCACCGCAGCGACGCUAUCACGCUGAUCUCAAAGAAGAGGCAGCAUUCCGUGUCACGCUGGCCUACUCAACACCAAGCUAUCCCUCUUCCUGCAACGUUUCUGUCCAAGAACUUGUUGUUCGACUUGAUCUCGCAUCAUCUACAGCGACACCAGCAGGUCUGACGAGUCGACACGCAACCGCAAAGCAUCCUUUCAGAUCAACACCACUCGAUUUGAGAGGGCGGUCUAUGCUCGCCGCUCAUCACGGUGCUUCAUCCGCAGCAGGAGCUUUUGCUGUUCCGACUUCGCUCACCAAUGCAUCCAGUGGUGAUGAGGCUAACCACGCUGACCAUGCUUGCCCAUCUGCAAAACGCAGCCGAACAACAAGUCUGACCUACGAUGACCCAUUCGUAGUCGUCGGAGCAAGCGACAACUUGCUCGAGGUGUACGAGCUACUCGGUGCAACAACCUACGUCCGACGAGAUCUCGAUUGCACGCCAACCUCGUCCCAUCGCUCAGCAACAGCCACUCCAGUCUCACCACGAGAUUCGCUCCGCCUCGUUCACCGCCGAAGCUUACACGGUCAUACAGGAAGCGUCCACAGCGUUGCGCUCGAAGAUGGGAGAUGCGUGAGCGCAAGUGCAGAUGGUAGCAUCAUGGUCUGGAGUUUGGGAGAUCGGUCGAAUGAGACCGAGUCUGUUGCUAGUAUGAUGCCUUUUGCGCCCCAAACACACGCUGAUCUUUCAGGCACGACGGGAGCGCGGUCUGCGAGCUCGACGAUUGCCCAAGAGCAAGAUGAUGAGGAGGCAGCAAAGCAUAUGACUCAUGUUUUGACUUUGCGUACGCCGGUCGAGCUCGACUCUGCAGAUGGUCGCAUUCAUACCAGUCAGGCUACAUCAAGGAACGGUCGACCUCUAGGACCAUCGCUGGGGCAACUCGUGCGUAGUCGGGUGCUCGAUCGUCAAGCUAGAGGUGUCAUUCGUUGGGUUUCGACCGCCUUUGACAAGAUUGUUAGCAUUGUUGCCUAUACUGAUGCACAUGCUCGGUCGAGCUUGUCGAUUGUCGAUCCGCAAUAUGCACGCGAGCAGGUGCAAGUAUGGAGCUUUGGCUGA